CUACUACGAUGAGCCAUCCAUCCGUUCAUUCUAUAGAAUUCGUACAGCAUUAUACUCCAAUGAACAACCUAAGCAUUUUACAAUUGUACGAGCCUAUCCGUGAAAAAUAUCAAAUCGACCUGGCAGAAGCGACAAGCGAAUUAUGGACGAUGAAUAAUAGCCACGUAUCAACGACUUUUGAUGACAUCAUUGAAAAGGCUCGCCAGAUCAAGGAUAGACGGAUGCAAGAACAAAGACUUAUCACCUACAGUGCAGUAGGAUGGGGCAUGAGUGUUCUCGGAAUACUUGUGGUCAUCGUCUGGAUGAUAAGCAGGACUUCUUGGAUCAGCAGUACUGCGAAUUUACUUUAUGCACGAUGCAACCGUAACAAAGGAACCAAGGGACCUACCCCUUGCUCCUCAGUAGAGAAUAAAAGCCGAAGUACCGAGCCCGAAUCCGAACAGUCUGACUCAAGAACAGCAACGAUCCAGUAUAAUCUACAAGAAGAAGCACAGGAAGCAGAGACACACUGACGACUUGAAGACGUACAGCAAUAAUUCGAUGAGAAGGAGCAGCUAUUCCACCAAUCAUUAUAAACGUUGGCACAGGAUAUUGG